ACGUAUUAUUCUCGUCUUAAACAAUUUUGCUUCUGUUCUUCAGUAAGCAAAUCGAUUUUUUGUGCUUCUCACAAUUGGUAAUACGAUAACGUGUCUGCCGUUGAAAUCAGCGUAUGUUAAUUAAUUAAUUUUACGCGUUUCCAAGCAUGUGUUUUCAAAUAUUAAGCUCUACAUAAAAAAAAGAGACUCCAUCACAACCGAGUUUAUUGUGGUAUUAACAUUAUACGAACAAUUUAUGAUCGAUUAACAUACAAUACCUGUUGGAGAGUUGAAUAUAAUCUAUCUAAGAGUAAAAUUAAGUAUUUAAAUAUUGUAUGUUAAGUGUUACGAUUGUCUAUGUGUUAAAAUCUGACGUUAAAAUAUAUGUUUAACACAAAAUACUAGAGUCCAAAUAUGAAGAUACUUCCUUUACUGUUGGUAAUUGCUGCUAGCAGCAACGCUGCUAAGAUCCCAAAAGUAUACAAUGCAAUUAUAACAACAGAUCAACGCCUGAAACCAAGUAAGGCGUACCCGUUGAUACAGCCUGUUUUGCAUGAACAAUAUAAUUUAUAUCCAUACGGGCCGUUUGGAGGUUUUGAUCCAUUCUACCCAUCAUUCUCACCAUACCCCCAAAUUCCAGUUUUUCCUCAUCCACCGAAGAAACCUUCGAAAGAUUCAGAAGAGAAUGAAUCUGGAAGUGCGGAAGAUGACGACUCAAAAAAUGAAGAUGAUGAUGAGUCCACAGAGAAACAACCGAAAAAACCAAAAUUUCCAAGUCUUGUUCCACUUCCGCCCUAUCCUUUUUAUCCUGGAUUUCCAUCAUACGACCCCUUUUUUCCUACAUACCCAGGAUUUCCAGUUUACGGAUUUGAUCCUAAUAUACAUGGUGAUGGUAAGGGUAAAGGAAAGGGUAAAAAGGGUAAAAAACCUAAGAAACCAAGUAAAGAUGAUUCUGAUGUAGACAUUGAUGGGGGUAAAAAUAAUGAGGAACCUGAACCUCCAGCGCCAACACCAAGUAACGCAUCAGGAGAAAAGACCCCAACACCUGAAAAACCAGAAGAGCCAGAAGGAGAAGAACAACCAGAAGCAGACGCAGAGACCAUCGAGGGCGAAGAAGAAGCUGAAUAACUGAAUCGAAGUAUCUUGUUGAAUUUCAAAUAAUAAUGCUUAAAAAUUACAAUUGAAAACAAAAAAAAAUAUAAUGAGCAAUUUGAAAACAUUUUAGUAAGAGUGUUACAACUGUCAACUGUUCAACUGAAAAUGUUUUGGAUAUCGUUUUUCCCAAGUAUUUUGAAAAUUAUUUAUUUAUUUAUUUCAAUUAUCGACGGAUAUUGUAUCAGGUACUAAAACAAAAAAUUUUUGUUAAAGGAGCUCACUAGUAUCAAAUUUUUCAUUUUUUUCAAAUACUGAGUCAAUUCAUUUUUAAAACUUUUUAGAGGUCCAUGAAAUCCAAAAUACUUUCGUCAGUUAUAACACUCUUAAUUAAACAUUUCAAAUGAUUUUAAGAUAUUUAAAUCUAUUUCAAGUUCACCGGUUGAAUACUUAGAUUAUUAAGA